AUGGAUAGAAAGAAACAGAGAAAAGAGGUAGAGAGAUGGAGGGAAGGUGUGGAGGACAAACAGACUAACAUGAGAGGGUGAGGUGAAAGGGUGUGGAACCAGAGAGAGAGGAAUGGAGGGAAGAGAAGGGAGUGAGGGAGGAAGGGAGUGGGUGGGCGUGAAGAUAUGAGGGAAAAAACGAGUCAGCUGAUACUUCCAAGUUUCCAUGGCAACUUGGAGGCCUUUCCCACCCACUCUCUCUCUCACACACACUCUCUCACCCUCUCUCCCCCACCCCCGCCCACUCCUUUUCUACCAAUAACAUGUAGCCUAGCCUAUAUGUUAUUAUGUACACUGACUGAAUUCCCUCUCUCUUUUCUGGGUCUACCUGUGUCCACUCUAACUGUCGUGAUGUAGGAUAGGCUAGUUUGGGUAGAGGGUUUAGAAUAUCACAUCAUCCCUUAUAGCGGUCUCUCACUGACAAGUUUGCAGCUUAUGUAACCAGACAACUCAAAAGCAGGAAUUGUGUGUUUGUCUUGAAAUUCCUGCAGGAACGAUCAACUCAUACAUGGCAUUCGUGUGUGUGUGUGUGCAUGCAUGAGUGCCCCUCUGCCCUCUGGGUUGGGUAUGUACUGCCUGGAUAGUGGGCACUGGGUAGUGCUCAGAUUUGGCCAGACAUCUCCAUAUUGUAUCUGGGUGCACUGCCUCAGUGUUUGAGCUUGGGCUUGACCAAGGCUGGGCAGGGGGUGCUUAGUGCUCUGUGUUAUGCAGUGCCUGGGGUUGACCAAGGCUAGACUAUGCAGUUUUUCUGUUUUGUUUGCCUCCUUAGAAUAUCUGGGUGAAGUGCUUGGCCUUGGCAAGGCUGUGCUGCUUCUCUCUCCUUCCCUAUGCUAUGCUUUGUUUUUCUUUGCUGCUCCAUGCUAGAUAGGGCUGUUGUGUAGUGCUCUGCUGUGUAUGCUGUAGCAGGGUGCAGUCAGUGCAGGGCCAGGGCUAGGCUGCUUUAUGCUGAAUGUAUGUCAUACUGUGAGCUAGCAGAGUGCUGCUAUAUGCUCUGUACUUGCUUACUAUUGGUCAGUGGGCACGUUCGAGCGGAUCACUUUUGUCAAGUCGUUGACCAUCGUUGGUCACCACCUUUCAAAGUGUGUUGCAUUCUAGGGCAAAAAGUUGUCCAACUGUUUGAACUUUACAAAAAUCAUGUGUUCAAAGGUCAUGAAGUUUUGACUGCAAGUGUCUGCAGUUGCUCUUCACCAACUUCAUCCUGCAGCCAUCGCCUGCAUUGUGGCUCUAUUGUCAACCAAUCAUUAGGGUGUUUUUGUUUGACCCAUGCAAACGUUAAAGACAUGACUGAAACUUUGCAAUUCGCAGCAAUUUAUGUAUACAGUGGAUAUACACUGUGUACAAAACAUUAAGGACACCUUCCUAAUAUUGAGUUGCACCCCCCAUUUUGCUCUCAGAACAGCCUUAAUUCGUCAGAGCGUGGACUCUACAAGGUGUCGAAAGUGUUCCACAGGGAUGGUGUCCCAUGCUGACUCCAAUGCUUCCCACAGUUGUGUCAAGCUGUCUAGAUGUCCUUUCAGUGGUGGACUAUUCUUUAUACACAUGGGAAACUAUUGAACAUGAAAAACCCAGCAGUGUUGCAGGCCACGUUAUGUUACGAACCCCGUGGCUUUGGGUGGAUGGACAAGAGACCCGUAACAUAACUCAUGCAAAUUAGAAUGGUGACACGAAAACAAUGAGAACAAAAAUACACCGACAACCAUAAGCUACCGUCAAACACAAAAUGUUUAUUAUGAACACACGGUAAAGGUUUGGGAAAAAGGAAUGAGCAGGACCCAAGGAAUGAAACAAUAAUGUAAAAAAACCCUAAACUGAUCUUGCCUGCCUCAAGAAUCGCUAAGCUACUGCUAACCAUACAAAAAUACAGUGGGUGGUCCGCUCAGGUCUAACUAGUGUUGUUAGACAAUGUUCUUUCUACGGGUAAUGUAUGCCCAAGGGCAACUUGCUAAAUCCCCCUUUUCCCAUGAACACACAACAGAGUAACCAGCAAAUGAGUGAGUACACAAAAAACAGGAUACCACAGUAUCCAUACUCACAUACGAAAAGAGUCUCUGUCAGCAAACACAACUGACUGGCUUUUAAAACAAUGGGAUGUGUGAUGUGAGUGAAAAACCAGAAACAGGUGGCGCAAUGCAGAGGAAUGUCCACUGAUUGGUCCACCUCAGCAAUCAGCAGACAAACGGAUGUCGGACAGGUGGGACACCCCAACGACCACCAAUCAGGAACACAAAGGACACCUGUGAUUAGGGCAGAAGGAGAGGAAAAACACACAAAAAACACAGGAUACCUGUAUCCGUAACACUCCCACCCUUAAAAGAGCAAACCACAAUGGUUUGCGACACACGUACUAUCACAACACCCUGAGGGAAUAAAAAAAAAAACCUAGAUCUCUAAACACGAGACCAAAGCAUCUGCCAACACAUUAUCCGAACCCUUUUUGUGGCAGAUCUCCAAAUUUAUAAUUUUGCACUACAAGUGCCCAACGCAUAAGGCGUUGGUUCUGGAUGUACAUACGGUGGAGAAAAACUAAGGGGUUAUGGUCAGUAUACACUGGAACCAACAUAAACUUCAAAGUACUGCAGAGCUAACAGUGCCUUGCAAAAGUAUUAAGCACCCUUGGCGUUUUUCCUAUUUUGUUGCAUUACAACCUGUAACUUAAAUUUAUUUGGAUUUCAUUUAAUGGACAUACACAAAAUAGUCCAAAUUGGUAAAGUGAAAUGAAAAAAAUUACUUAUUUCAAACAAUUCUAAAAAAUAAAUAACAGAAAAGUGAUGCGUGCAUAUGUAUUCACCCCCUUUGUUAUGAAGCCCCUAAAUAAGAUAUGGUGCAACCAAUUACCUUCAGAAGUCACAUAAUUAGUGAAAUAAAGUCCACUUGUGUGCAAUCUAAGUGUCACAUGAUCUGUCACAUGAUAUCAGUAUAUAUACACCUGUUCUGAAAGGCCCCAGAGUCUGCAACACCACUAAGCUAGGGGCACCAUCAAGCAAGCGGCACCAAGAAGACCAAGGAGCUCGCCAAACAGGUCAGGGACAAAGUUGUGGAGAAGUACAGAUCAGGGUUGGGAUAUAAAAAAAUAUCAGAAACUUUGAACAUCCCACGGAGCACCAUUUAAAUCCAUUAUUAAAAAAUUGAAAGAAUAUGGCACCACAACAAACCUGCCAAGAGGGCCGCCCACCAAAACUCACGGACCAGGCAAGGAGGGUAUUAAUCAGAGGCAACAAAGAGACCAAAGAUAACCCUGAAGCGGAGAUUGGAGAAUCUGUCCAUAGGACCACUUUAAGCCAUACACUCCACAGAGCUGGGCUUUACGGAAGAGUGGGCAGAAAAAAAGCCAUUGCUUAAAGAAAAAAAUAAGCAAACACGUUUGGUGUUCGCCAAAAACCAUGUGGGAGACUCCCCAAACAUAUGGAAAAAGGUACUCUGGUCAGAUGAGACUAAAAUUGAGCUUUUUGGCCAUCAAAGAAAACGCUAUGUCUUGCGCAAACCCAACACCUCUCAUCACCCUGAUAACACCAUCCCCACAGUUAAGCAUGGUGGUGGCAGCAUCAUGCUGUGGGGAUGUUUUUCAUCAGCAGGGACUGGGAAACUGGUUGAAGGAAUGAUGGCGCUAAAUACAGGGAAAUUCUUGAGGGAAACCUGUUUCAGUCUUCCAGAGAUUUGAGACUGGGAUGGAGGUUCACCUUCCAGCAGGACAAUGACCAUAAGCAUACUGCUAAAGCAACACUCGAGUGGUUUAAGGGGAAACAUUUAAAUGUCUUGGAAUGGCCUAGUCAAAGCCCAGACCUCAAUCCAAUUGAGAAUCUGUCGUAUGACUUAAAGAUUGCUGUACACCAGCAGAACCCAUCCAACUUGAAGGAGCUGGAGCAUUUUUGCCUUGAAGAAUGGGCAAAAAUCUCAGUGGCUAGAUGUGCCAAGCUUAUAGAAACAUACCCCAAGAGACUUGCAGCUGUAAUUGCUGCAAAAGGUGGCUCUACAAAGUAUUAACUUGUGGGGUGGGGGGGUUAUGCACGCUCAAGUUCUGUUUUGUUGGUGUCAUUUCUUGUUUGUUUCACAAUAAGAAAUAUUUUGCAUCUUCAAAGUGGUAGGCAUGUUGUGUAAAUCUAAUGAUACAACCCCCCCCAAAAAUCCAUUUUAAUUCCAGAUUGUAAGGCAACAAAAUAGGAAAAAUGCCAAGGGGGGUGAAUACUUUCGCAAGCCACUGUAAUUAUAGAGAUACACUCAAAAUACCAACAUGUGAGAAAUACUGUACUUUAUUAAUGUUUCAAUGGAACCAACCAAAAUCAUGCAAUUAUUUAAUACAUGCGUUUGAUGGUGCUUUUUGAAACCUGGUGACCCCAAGACGCCGCCAAGGCCUGCAAUUCUUUCACAGUGAUUCUUGGGGAUUUUGUUGCUUCUCUCAACAUCUUCCUCCCUAUCCUGGGGGGCAAAAUGCAUUUGCGUCCUCUACCUGUGAGGUUUUCAACUGUUCCAUAUAUUUUAAAUUUUUUAAUAAUUGCUCUGACAGUGCUCAGUGGUAUAUUCAAUCGUUUGUGGAUCUUCUUGGAGCCAUUACCAGAUUUAUGAAGGUCUACAACCAUCUAUCUCUUUUGAACUGCCAGUUAUUUUGUUUUCUUCAUGGUGUUGGAUGACAAAGGGAUAUUGCAUGUGUGUUACCUCAUUUUUAUACCCUAGUGAAACAGGAAGUGAUGUAAUGGCUCAAAAUAGUUCCUUAAGACUUAGAUAAACUUAAAUAAGUGGAAUUUAAUUCCUGGUUUAAUUUUGGUAGAUGUUAUUUACAAUAAUCUUUAAGGGUGCCAUUCAUUGUGAAACCUUGAUUUGGAGGACAUUGAUUUUUAAUUAAAUCAAUAAAUGAUUUUGGUGAGCUCCAUUGGAACAUUAAUAUAGUACAGUAUUUCUCAUAUGCUGGAAUUUUGAGUUUCUCUAUAAUUAUAUUGUUUAUAUUUUUUUAAGUAUUGUUUGUGCAUUGCCAGUCAGGGGUGCCAGUAAUUUUGGUGCCCACUGUAGCCUAGCCCAUAGGCCUUUAUGUUUUAAUAAGGUUUGUUUCCCAACUAAAGUGGCCAAAUAACUUCUUUAAAUUAAGCACAUUAAUCAGCUUUACAAGGGGUGUAGAGCCUAACUGGCAUAUAUAAACAGCGCGUGAGUUUCAAGUUUGGGGAAGAUCAUUUUCACCAUAAAAAUGCACCUUAUAAUAAAAGCAUUACAUGCAUAAUUGCAUUUGCGGUCACUUUUGAUAAUGGUGUUUUCAGCUAAUGGAACAUUCGUGCUUAUAGCCUACUACCAUGUGUGCAUUGCUGCACUUAUAAUGUGAAGAAAUAGCCUGAGAUUUGAUCAACAUGUUAAGCUAAAUGGUCUGAUCUGUUGCGUCAGCCACAUUGCAUAAAAACGUUUUUUUUUAUGCUAGUGGUUGUAUUAAUUUGAGAUCUAUCGCUUCCCACAACUGUCCCAGACUAUGUUUUAAAUAUUUAUUUCUCGCACAGAAUAGGUCGACUUUUGUACUAUGGGGGAUAGUAGAUUGACAUAGGCUAGUGCUUUUGCUGUUCAUUAGGCCUACUCAUCUUGUUGGCUGACGAAAAGUAAAUGUGAACAGUUCUUCCAAUAUCUUCAAUAUGCACCUCGGAAUUGGAUAAGGACGCACACAGUUGUAACCUGUGAGAAAGACCCGAUCACGUGACGGAGAGCCGUGUGAGUGAGAGACGCUUCGGAUUGCGCAGCACUCUCAGGGAGAAGGGCACAACGCAGCACUCCGGGCCGCAAAAGGCAUGGAUUUUUUAUGGGUGCAUUAUGGCCACAAAGGGGAUGCCGCCGUGAAAUUCGAGGUAUUAUCAAGUGCUUGUCAUAUUGUGAAUGAGAGACAAUUGGAGUGUGUACAGCCUGCGCAAAAAACAAAGCAGAGCUCAUGACUUUUUUCAAGUCAUCAUUAGAGUCUCAUCAUGAAGCCUUACGAUGUAUAAAAAAUCAAAACAUAUAGCCUAACGUUUGUAGAACAUUUACAUUUUAGUCAUUUAGCAGAUGCUCUUAUCCAGAGCGACUUACAGGAGCAAUUAGGGUUAAGUGCCUUGCUCAAGGGCACAUCGACAGAUUUUUCACCUAGUCGGCUCGGGGAUUAGAACCAGCGACCUUUCGGUUACUGGCACUACGCUAGAACAACUUUAGAACAACUAAAGUUACAUGAAUAACUCUAAAUUAAGCCUAUAGGAGUACCUAUUUCUUUGUUAACCACUCAACACAGAAUAGCCGCAUGUGUGCACUCCCUCAAAUCGUUUGUAGAAAAUAUCCUUUCUAUUUAAUUCAGCUUUGUUCAAUUGUAUUCUUCAUACUAUAAAAUAAUGCCACUGAAUUAUAAGCAAAUCUUGUCUGUUAAAUGAACUAGUGUAGCCCACAGCCAUUUGGCAUAGCUACAUCAGGACCUAACGUAAGGACAACUCAGAGUAUGCUAUUAUUUUCUUCUGAAAUCGACUACAUUUUCUUCUUUAAACCUGUCUAAAAUAAAUAAUGGAUUUACUGUGUAGGCUAUAUUACAUGCAUUUAUUAGACUUUUUAAAAUGGCUUGUAGGCUAUGUGUGGAAGCCAGGAGAUGCUAAAUGUGUUUAUGUUAAUUAACGGUCAAUUACCUUGAGACUGACAGUUAUUUGCUUGACAAUCACCAGCUGAUGAAAUUUCGUGACCGCCACAGCCCUACUCCUGGCACCUAUUACCAUACCCCGUUCAAAGACACUUAAACCCUACACAAUCCAUGUCUCAAGGCUUAAAAAUCCUUCUUUUAACCUGUCUCCUCCUCUUCAUCUACACUGAUUGAAGUGGAUUUAACAGGUGACAUCAAUUAGGGAUCAUAGCUUUCACCUGGUCAGUCUAUGUCAUGGAAAGAGCAGGUGUCCUUAAUGUUUUUGUACAUGUGAUAUUUGAGUCUCUCUCACUAAUUGAUUGUACAAUGAAUCUACACACAUAAUAUUAUAUUAUGAUUUCAGUUUGUGAGUGUGUGAUAGGGGGGUUAGAUAAUAUCAUUUAUUUCGACCAUAUAAAGAAAACAUUUGUUUUAAUUUGGCAACACUGCCAUGUUGAUCUGAGCCUUGCACAUUAGUGUCUGACUUUCGGCUGUCGCUGAUGCACCUCCCCCGACUUCACUCCUUGACUUUCGUCUAUAGCCGGUUGCUUUAGCCUUAACGCUCAAACACGCCCGGUGCGUCAGUGCAGGGCUUGGCCAGGGCUGGGCAGGGCUGUUCUCUCCUGGCAGUGUGCCAGCUCUAGGCCUGCUGCUCUGUUCUCCACCUCCCAGCUCCCUCUCAGCUCCCAGGGCCCCACACAGCAACCAUUGUUCCCCUAACCUGCUCUGCUCUGUUUGUGCAGCCAGAGAGUACAGCUGAACUGAGCUGAGGUGAGAGCAGGGUCUGGGGGCCAGGCCUGUGUGUGUAGCGUGUUUGUAGUGAGUGAGUGUGGGUGGGUGUGUGUGGAGAAAUAUCAUGUGCUGACAUCUCUCUUUCUUCCUCUCUCCACUGUCUUCCUCCCUAUUUAUCUCCCCCUUCCCUCUCUCCUUUUCUCUCUUCCUCACCCUUUCCCUCUUUGUCUCUUACUCCAUACAUCUCUCUCUCUCUCUCUCUCUCUCUCUCUCUAUAUAUAUAUAUAUAUAUAUAUAUAUAUAUAUAUAUAUAUAUAUAUAUAUAUAUAUAUAUAUAUAGGCUGAAGUAGGUGAGGAGUGUCCCCAGCCUACAGACCUGAAGAUCAAGAUAGAGAAGACCCAGCCUGUGUCUCCCCCUCUACUCUCCACAGCCACAGGCAUGACCACAGACACAACAACAGACGACUCCUCCCUCCCCCCGGAGGACCAGACGGAACCUGUCGACCUGUCACUCGGCAAGCCACGCCCCUCCCUGCCCGUCUCUACGCCAACCACCACAGCCAACCCCGCCCCGAGUUCUGUGGCGAUGCCCAUGCUGUCGGCAACCCCCAUCCCUACGGUAACCUUCCUAGACACCAUGGUAACCACACCAGUUAUUAAGCCAAUCGGUUCGCUAGCUAGCUCCUCUUUUUGGAAUGAUGGGUAGUAGUGUCUGUUGGCUUAAAAUUGAAAUACACUCACGCAUAUUAGGGGCUGCCAAAAAUGUGGAAGUCAGGUUCCUAUGCCUUUUGUAGUAACUGUUAGUUUACAAUGUUUUUUUUUUAUUGAAAGGCUCUGUCUUUCAGUUUAACAAUUGAAUACAGUACUCCCAUUCUUGACACAAUGUCUGUGUCCAAAAUGGCACCCUGUUCUCCUUUCUGGACAAAAGUAGUGCACUGUCUUGCUCCUCUACAUGUAUACCCACACUAUCCCCUCCCCUCCUCUUCUCCAUACAUCCCGCCCUCCUACAGAUGCUCUCCCCUGGCUCCAUCCUAGCGUCCACCCAGGGGGCAGGCGGUCAGCAGAUCCUGCAUGUCAUCCACACCAUCCCGUCGGUCAACAUGCCCAGUAAGAUGGGCCAGCUACAGACCAUUCCCGUGGUGGUCCAGUCUCUGCCCGUAGUCUACACAACCAUUCCCACGGACGGGGUGGCCACCGCUGCCAUCACAGUCCCGCUCAUUGGGAGCGACGGGCGCUCGGAGGGAUCCGGUGAGUCAGAGGGAGGGAGGAUGGUGGUGUGUUUUGUUGAGAUGGAGCUUUGAGGUUUAUGUUAUAGAUUUUAGUCAGUUAGCAUACGCUCUUGUCCAGAGCAUUGAAGUAAUGAGGCUGAAACAAUCACAAUAUGAAUGUCAUAAAUACAACCUUCUAAGAUAAGGAUUUAAAUAAAGGCUUCAGAGUUAAAGGGAUAGCAUUUUUGCGCUUCAUUUUCGAAUCAUCUAUAAGGAACUUCAUUGAGUGACACAAUCAAUUUUGGAUGAUAAAGGAUGAUUUGGACAUUAAGCGCAAAAAUGCUAAUAUAGGUACCAUUGACUUGCAUUGGCUUUGUGCCACAAAUGCUAAAAAGUUAGCAUUUAAAACAGUGGCCAGGUAAACAAAACCAAAGCAUACCUUGUCCAUAGACUGCUUACAGAGUAAGGAAGUCUAUUUGUCAUUUUGUAAUUUCGGUGAACUAUCCCUUUAAUAGAGAAACGAUAACAGAGUUCUCUCUGGUCACAUCCAUCCUCUUCUUCUCUAGCAGGCAGAAGUAGGUGAUUCCUCUCCCUUGUUCUUUAUCUUUGUCACUUUAUCGGGUGUCACUUGUCCUCUUGAACGGUUUUCUCGCAAGCAAUACAUCUCUCUUGGGUCUCUUCAAUAUUAACUCUCUUCAAAACAAUCUCAUUCUCACACACAAGCUCUUUCUCACGGACACAUGCACCUGUUGUAUCUCACUGUCAUGCACUUUCUCAUUCUCUCUUUUCCUCUCUUUCAGUUAUAAUAUCUCACUGUCUCUUUUUCACCGCGUCACAAUAUCUCACACUGGCACCGCCCCUUACUGUCUUCAUAAGAACCCCUCUCCCCACACACACGCACGAACACAUGCACGUACACAAACACCCACAAACAUUGAAAAAUAUAUGGCAAAUAGAAAUCCAAUAUGGAUGGUGUUAAGAGAUAAAUGGGUGUUAUUUCAAAGUUUUGAUAUCUUCACUAUUAUUCUACAAUGUAGAAAAUAGUACAAAUAAAGAAAAACCCUUGAAUGAGUAGGUGUGUCCAAACUUUGGACUGGUACUGUAUGUGUAUGUAUGCAUGUAUGUGUGUGUGUGUAUAUGUAUAUGUAUAUGUAUAUAUAUAUAUAUAUAUAUAUAUAUAUAUAGAUAUAUAUAUAUAUAUAGAAAAAAUAUAUACAGUGGGGAGAACAAGUAUUUGAUACACUGAUUUUGCAGGUUUUCCUACUUACAAAUCAUGUAGAGGUCUGUAAUUUUUAUCAUAGGUACACUUCAACUGUGAGAGACGGAAUCUAAUUUUUUUCCUGAAAAUCACAUUGUAUGAUUUUUAAGUAAUUAAUUUGCAUUUUAUUGCAUGACAUAAGUAUUUGAUCACCUACCAACCAGUAAGAAUUCCGGCUCUCACAGACCUGUUAGUUUUUCAAUUAAGAAGCCCCCCUGUUCUCCACUCAUUACCUGUAUUAACUGCACCUGUUUGAACUCGUUACCUGUAUAAAAGACACCUGUCCACACACUCAAUCAAACAGACUCCAACCUCUCCACAAUGGCCAAGACCAGAGAGCUGUGUAAGGACAUCAGGGAUAAAAUUGUAGACCUGCACAAGGCUGGGAUGGGCUACAGGACAAUAGGCAAGCAGCUUGGUGAGAAGGCAACAACUGUUGGCGCAAUUAUUAGAAAAUGGAAGAAGUUCAAGAUGACGGUCAAUCACCCUCGGUCUGGGGCUCCAUGCAAGAUCUCACCUCGUGGGGCAUCAAUGAUCAUGAGGAAGGUGUGGGAUCAGCCCAGAACUACACGGCAGGACCUGGUCAAUGACCUGAAGAGAGCUGGGACCACAGUCUCAAAGAAAACCAUUAGUAACACACUAUGCCGUCAUGGAUUAAAAUCCUGCAGCGCACGCAAGGUCCCCCUGCUCAAGCCAGCGCAUGUCCAGGCCCGUCUAGUUUGCCAAUGACCAUCUGGAUGAUCCAGAGGAGGAAUGGGAGAAGGUCAUGUGGUCUGAUGAGACAAAAAUUGAGCUUUUUGGUCUAAACUCCACUCGCCUUGUUUGGAGGAAGAAGAAGGAUGACAGUGAAGCAUCAAUUUUUGUCUCAAAAAUGUUUGAGUGAAGCAUGGAGGUGGAAACAUCAUUCUUUGGGGAUGCUUUUCUGCAAAGGGGACAGGACGACUACACCGUAUUGAGUGGAGGAUGGAUGGGGCCAUGUAUCGCGAGAUCUUGGCCAACAACAUCCUUCCCUCAGUAAGAGCAUUGAAGAUGGGUCGUGGCUGGGUCUUCCAGCAUGACAACGACCCGAAACACACAGCCAGGGCAACUAAGGAGUGGCUCCGUAAGAAGCAUCUCAAGGUUCUGGAGUGGCCUAGUCAGUCUCCAGACCUGAACCCAAUAGAACAUAUUUGGAGCGAGCUGAAAGUCCGUAUUGCCCAGCGACAGCCCUGAAACCUGAAGGAUCUGGAGAAGGUCUGUAUUGAGGAGUGGGCCAAAAUCCCUGCUGCAGUGUGUGCAAACCUGGUCAAGACCUACAGGAAAUGUAUGAUCUCUGUAAUUGCAAACAAAGGUUUCUGUACCAAAUAUUAAGUUCUGCUUUUCUGAUGUAUCAAAUACUUAUGUCAUGCAAUAAAAUGCAAAUUAAUUACUUAAAAAGUCAUACAAUGUGAUUUUCUGGAUUUUUGUUUUAGAUUCCGUCUCUCACAGUUGAAGUGUACCUAUGAUAAAAAUUACAGACCUCUACAUGCUUUGUAAGUAGGAAAACCUGCAAAAUCGGCAGUGUAUCAAAUACUUGUUUUCCCCACUGUAUAUAGGGGAUUGGAAAAGAUGCAGACAAUUACAUUGAUGGAUCUACCCCUAAAAUAAAGGAAAUAAAUAAUACACAUAUAUACACAUUAUAUGUGUUUUAAUCAUUUCAACUAGAUGCACUGAGCUUGUCUGAUGCUGUUUGAUAAAAUAAUUAAGACACGCAAAUGACUAGAGGGAGUCCGACCGCAAUUGAAUUGAUUGUGCCGCGCCAGACUCAGACUUGCUGUGCUGUGAAAAAAAAAAAAGACAGCCAGUGUGACUAGCACCCGUUGUCUCUCUCUCCUCCCUGCUGCAGCGACCAACACGGAACAUCAAAACUGUUUAUCGCUCUGUGGUGUUGCUGUAGCUGCAACAUAAUUACAGCCGAAAUCCCUCAUUUGUUAGGAAAAACAUUCCCUAUUCCCUCAACCUUUGCUCUCUUUACGUGACACAUGUAUGCAUCGCAUGCGUGUGACCAAUAUGGCCUGACCUAUAGCAUAUCAUAAUAACAUCAAUACAUUUGUUAUAAUAAACUCUGAACACCGUAACCCAUGUGACAGCAAAAUGGAUGCAGAGGACGUGACAAAUAAACUCGAUAUGGGGAAUACUCACUGUUUGCUCAGGAGGUAAAGGGGAAGUCAGAUGUGUGGAAUAAAUUUGACUAGUUUUGGGAAAUACUGGAGAGCAAGAAAAAUAAGGUAAGGAGCUAGCGCUGUUAGAUUACAAUAUACUUUCUCUGACCAUUUGGAACACUGUAAACAACACUAAAUAAAUGAAAGCGUACCAGAGAGUCUGUGGUAACGUUUUUUUUGUAAAGCCUUUAUUACAGCAAAGACUAAAAACAGUCACAUGUAUUCGUGAAUGCAAUUGCCGAAAUGGAACAGUUUAUUUAUUGUUUACACUAAUUAUUCAAGGGUCGCUUUGUUAUUUUAUUUUUAAACUAAAAUGCUUGGUUGCAUUUCAAAUCAUGAAUGACUCGUAUGCUGUGUGAUGAUAUUAACUAAUUAAUGAUUUAUUGAUAUAGUAGCCUAUAUAAGUAUUGAAAUAUAGGCCUGAGUAAGUUACGGUGUUAAGACUAAACAGGAUGCGCUCUUAGGCCUACAGUUCGAUGGUGGUUAUAUAAGGCUGCUAUAGGCUACUAAGCCUACUAAUGAUAAUGAUAUUACUUAUUAUCAUAAUGAUGAUCAUAAUAAUAAUAGUAAUAAUAACAAUAAGAAUGAGAUCAAGAAAAAGGAGGGUUAUUAUUAUAAAUAUAAUUUUUCAGACAAUUUGGAACAGCGUAAACAACACUAAAUACAUAAGUAAUACCAGAGAGGCUGUUCUAAUGGGGGAAAAAAAGUGCAAAGCAUUUAUUACAGCAUAGCAAAGAUUAAAAAUAGCCGCAUUUUAAAGCUGUCAUUAAGGCAAAGGGUAUUUUGAUUUGUUUAAUGCUUUUUUGGUUACUACAUGAUUCCAUAUGUGUUAUUUCAUAGUUUUGAUGUCUUCACUAUUAUUCUACUAUGUAGAAAAUUCUAAAAAAUUAAGAAAAACCCUUGAAUGAGUAGGUGUGUCCAAACUUUUGACUGGUACUGUAUAUGGAUGAUUUACAAAAAUCCAGGCACAUUUAACAGUUAGGCUAUUGAUUAUAGACCUAAUUAAGUUGAGGUUUCCUCUCUCCUCACUUUUCGUAGACAAUUAAGGCAAGGGCUGUUUUCUCGUCUCCUAACUCCGCUGCUGCCUCCGCCGCAUUGUUCUCAACACCAAUAUGCUGGUUAACUUUGCUAUUAUGCACAUUGCAACAUGGUCUAGGAAAAGGCGCCAAUUCAACAGCGCACUGAUGUUUCAGAACCGCGCACAGCGACCACUAUCAAACGCGGGAGAAAGAGCAGCGGUGAGGAGUGUGUGGGUGACGGGAGGGGGGGAUUGUCCUCAUGCACAAAGGACAGUUAUUUACCCUACCUCAAUCCCAACCCCAUCGUCACUACACCUCCACCCCCUCUCAUCCUCAGGGAAGAGAAACUUUGAACAGUGCAGUCACCACAUUCUGACCCACUAAGAGAGGGAGGGAUGGGGGUAGGGGAAAGAGGGGGGUUCACAAAUACAAUCACCCGCCUCCGCAGCACAGCGAACCACACCUAAGUAUAAUGAGGAAUUCUCUCACACAAAUAGAAAUUCAAAUCAGCUCAGCUGGGAUGGCUUACCUUUUGUGUUGCCAAGUACUGUGUUUUACUGUUGUUUGGAUUUAAGUCGCUAACCCCCUGUUGUUGUUUGCCUUUCUCUUCCCCUCUCUCUCUGUAAACCUUUCCAACUUCCUCUACCUCGUCCAAUUCUCUUUCUUACACUGUCCCAUUGCUCCUUCUCCCCAUCUUUCAUACAUCCUCUCUCUCCCUCUCUCUCUUCCCCUCUCCAUCGAUCCAUCUUUUCCUCUAGUGCGUAUCAAGCCUGGCUCGAUGUCUCCAGUGGAGUACCAGAGUGACAGUGAUGUGGAGAGUGGGACAGAGUCGGGUUCAGCGUCCUUCAGUACACAGGGCCUGGACACAGGGUGAGUGUCAUAGACUGGAAGGUGGUGAUAUGGGCCUGGACACAGGGUUGUGGUGGUUCUGUAGGGCUCAUCCUCCAGUACACAGGGCUUGGUUACAGGGUGUGUCAGAUAAUUUAUGGAGGCUGAUUGAUAUGUGGUUUUUUUAAAUCAAGAUACGAUAAAACACUUAUUGCUAUCACGAUUUCAACAGACAUUUGCGGGGUACAUAAUGAGGGUAGUUUAGCAGUCCUGAUAUAGGAGUGGUGUGAUACAGGAAGAGUGUAGCAGGUUGAGUGUAUUAUUAGAGAAUAAUGAAAUAGGAUGAAUUUGCUCCUUCAUUGGGGGUUUGGCUGUGGUGAGCUGGGCCCGUCCCUUCUCUCUCAUCUCCACUCUCUGGCACUAAUUACAUUACUGCAGCAAUGCUCUGCUCUGGACACUUAUAUAACCCCUGAACACUGGAGGAGAGGCAGUGUGUGUGUGUGUCACACUAUGUGCAGUGAGGCAGCAACAGGGGAGACGGAAUGUAUACAUGUGUGAUUGUUUUUGGUAGGAGGGAGCAGCAGCCUCCACACCCCCAAAGGCAUGACUUUGUGUGAGACAGAGCUUGCUGCACUCUAACUGAAAUGCAGGGUGUGUGCUUGGAGAGUUCACUUAGCUGUGUGUGUGUGUGUGUGUGUGUGUGUUGCUGGGCAGGGUUGUCCCAGAACCAGGUGUAAACAAGAUUAUGUAAUGCAGUUUGCCGUCACACCUUAUAAACGGUUUGGAAAGAGAGGGAGAGAGAAAAGGAGAGGGGUGAGUUAGUGUGAUAAACAGGCUGGAUAUGGUGAAGAAGCUAUAAUAUUAUCAAUAUUUUUGCUGGUUUAGUGUGUUUGAGCCAAUGGCUGGGAAGAGACAACGAGAGAAAGGAAGAGGGAGAGGAGGAAAGGGAGUGAACUAAUUGGCAGGCAGGGUGGAGAAAUUGAAAGGACGCGAGGAACAGGGAGGAUGGGAGGGAGAGGAAGGAAAGGAGGGUGGAUGGAGAGAUGGGCAGGAAAAAAAACAGGAGAGGGGGAGAGAGCAAGAGGAGAGUUGGGGAGAAGAGAGCGAGAGAGAGCGAGAGGAUAGUUGGGGAGAGAGAGCGAGAGGAGAGUUGGGGAGAGAGAGCGAGAGGAGAGUUGGGGAGCGAGAGCGAGAGGAGAAUUGGGGAGAGAGAGAAGAGAGAGAGGGAGAGAUCAGCUUUGAACUGGAAGCUGUCCAACUGUAUGGGUUUUUGACAGUUACUGUCUAGCCCUUUCUGGUGGCUGUGGCCUGUAACUUCACCCAGGGACCAUAAAUCACUAUGAGUUGUGAUGAACCUAAACAAUAGACUUAAUUAGCAGUGAUUAUUAAGAGUCAGGCACUGUUAAGGCGUCAGCAUGCUUCAGUUCGCAUACUCCCUUAAAAGACCUUCACUUGAAAAACGGAAAAAAAGCGCCAAUAGUACUGUUUGUCCAUUUUGAGAUGCCGUAGCCAGUUAAAGGGGGGCUGAACUUCCUGAUUUGGUUUUUUAAAGCAUUUUUGUAAUAAAAAAAAGCACAUAAAGGCUUCAUAAUUGAUAAAGGUCAUGUUAACUGACUGAUAUUAUCUCAUAUAACAAAACAUAUAAGAUCUCCUAAGCUUGUGUUAACCUCAGACCUUAUUUUUGGCAUUUAUCCCAAAACCCUCUUUCCCCAUUCAUUUUCCCCAUAGGAAUGGCUGAACGAACCAGAGGGUAACUCAUUUCCGGGUUUUAGGACUACAAGCUGGCGAGCUCAAUAGGUGUUACAUCAUUGGCAUUUCCUUCUAGGGUUAGUUAGGGCGUAGACCGUAUGGGUGGGGCUGGAGAGGUAAAGGUCAUAUGUAGAGCAUGUCUGCUCAUGUAACACAGUUCAUAUAUAGGUAGCUAGCUGCUUUCUAGUAAUCCUGCUACUACAGGUGAUCCUCUGUGACAUUCUGUAAUUUCAGUAAAUACAUGACUCAAUGCAUGUCACUCCAGCCUGACCCAUAUAAUGACAGGUCUAUUUUCUCUCUCUCUCUCUCUCUCUCUCUCUCUCUCUCUCUCUCUCUCUCUCUCUCUCUCUCUCUCUCUCUCUCACAUUGUUUCUCUCUCCUCCGUGCACACUCUCUUUCUCUAUUACAUUGUUUCUCUCUCCUCCGUGCACACUCUCUCUCUCCUUUGCCUUCCCUUCUCCCUCUCCCUCUCUCUCUCAGGUCAGGCGUAGAUAUGGACAUGCAGGUGGAUCCUGAUUCGCCGGAUAUGAAGAGGAGGCGUGUCCAUAUGUGUGACUAUGAUGGCUGUAACAAGGUGUACACCAAGAGCUCACACCUCAAAGCCCACCGCAGGAUACACACAGGUAACACACACGCUGACCCUGUCCCACCCACAUACUAAUCUAUAGCCAAUGACUGACCCAGGGCCCGCAUUCUGUAGCCAAUGAAUAGACAAUUAAUGUAUAUUAAUUAUAUACUAGAGCUUCAUAUCUUAUCUGUUUUCACUGAAAGUACUGCCUCUUAAAAUCUCUUAGAUGUGUGGUUCUGGUCCCAGUUCCGACUGACAUUUUUGCUUAUAAAUCGAUCUGUGGAUACCGUAGAUCGAAAUGGCUUGCAUUGUUCCCACGGACACAGUAGUAUUUUUUUCUGAGCCUGUGUGUGAAGUAGGAUGUGUAAUCUGAAACCACUUGAAGCUGGGAUGUCCCUCCUACCAUUUUAUUUGCUCUUCCGACUGUCCAUCAACUCCUGGCUGAACCCUACGUCACAGCCGUGGACAAAGCACAUGCCUGCAAUCGUUUCAUCGUAGCGCAGCAGAAGAGAGUGGUUUCAUCACGUUCAGAGAUCAAUUUAUAGCCAUUAAUCUAAAAUAAUUUAAAACAAAAAACUCUUUCUGUUUGUCAUAGUUGGACAAUAUUAAUAUGAGAUUAAAGGUGAGUUCCUAACGAGUUCAGGAAGCCAGGCUAGAGCUCUGUGAGAUGUUCACAGCGAUGGGGGCAGACAUUUGGAUCAAGAGACCUUUAGAAAAAGGUGAAAUCUUAGUUAGUCAUUUUAUAAUUUGAUUAUGCUAUAUUUAGAAAGUAUAUGUAAUUUCAAGCCUUAUUCAAAGUUUUGUUGAAUAGGAAAUACAUCAUAUAAAUGUUUUCCUAUUUGUAUAUUUUUUGCAUAUUUUGACUGUGUACUUGAGCUUGUGUCCUCAAAAGUGACUUCACCUCAGCAAUUUAUAACUAUUUUUUACCAGAAAGGUGAGAUUUUUACCUUUCUUUGAGUAUGCAGCAUUACUAAAUAUUGUCUAUGGCCCUCUCAUGAUAAAUAAUUAUUUUUGUGGAUUACAUAGAUUACAUUUUCGAUUACAUUUAGUUACAUUUAACUUGUUUUAAACCAAUAUUUGCACAAUCAAUCAACCAACCAAUCAACCAAUCUCCAUAUCUUCUUCCCUGUAGGAGAGAAGCCGUACCACUGUACAUGGGAGGGUUGUACCUGGAGGUUUGCCCGGUCAGACGAGCUUACACGACACUUCCGUAAACACACGGGCAUCAAGCCCUUCCGCUGCACCGACUGUGACCGAUCCUUCUCCCGGUCUGACCACCUAGCCCUGCACCGGAGGCGCCACGUCAUGAUGUGAACCAUGACCCCUGACCUUUGACCUUUAAACCUUAACCCUCUGCUACCUUUGCCCUCCAACCCAUCACCUCCCUGCCCCAGCCCCCCUCGCGACUCAGAUGGAACUCAGAUGGGAGGACCUGAACCUUGAACUCUGACCCAUAUAGGUUCUCUGCUGUGUCACUUCCUGUUACUGUUCCCCCUCCUCUCCUCUCUCUAGGUAAAAACUAACAAAGGUUAAGACAACGUAACAAUUCCAUGCGGGAGCGUUUGAAAAUAAACUAAUUAAUUGGACCAGCGGCAUUGCUGAUUCUACAGGAUUAGC